AUGUCGACCACCACGCAAUGGGACAACAUCUUCCACGGCCUCGAUACCACCGCGGGUAAGCUGCGCAUGUCGUCCGGCGGCCUCGGCUGGAAGCCCAUCGGCGGAGACGCCAGCGCCACCAUCACCAUCCCCGCAGACCACAUGCACGCCUUCCACUGGGUCCGCGUCGCACGCAACUUCCAGCUCUCCAUCCACCUCAACCGCGACCGAGAGACGCCGCUCCCAAGCCAGCCCAACCCGCGCCGCUCCACCUUUGACGGCUUCCUGCGCGAAGACUACGACAAGCUCGCCGCACAGAUCCGCCAGUUCUUUGGCAAGCCCCUCGAGGCCACUGAGAUCUCGAUGCGCGGCUGGAACUGGGGCAAGGCAGACAUCAGCAACACCGACGUCCAGUUUCUCGUGCGCGACAAGCUCGCCUUUGAGCUGCCCCUCGCCCACCUCGCCAACAGCAACAUCGCAAAGACCGAGGUCUCGAUGGAGUUCCUCAACCCCGAGCAGCAGCAGCCCGUCGCCAACACGGGCGCAUCGGCAGACGGCCGCGCCAGCUCCAGCAGCAAGUCGAGGAAGGGCAAGGGCGACCAGCUCGUCGAGAUGCGCUUCUACAUCCCCGGACAGGCCACAAAGGACGACGCCAGCGACGCCGCAGGAGAGGGCGCGGCGGCCGGGGCGGCGGGCGGCGCGGACGGCGCAGACGGCGACAACGAGACGGCCGCCGAGGCGUUCCACGAGGCGCUCAAGUCCAAGGCCGACAUUGGCCAGGUGGCCGGCGACUCGAUUGUCGUCUUCAAGGAGGUCCUCGUCCUCACGCCGCGCGGCCGCUACGACAUCGACGUCUUCCACAACUUUAUCCGCCUGCGCGGCAAGACGUACGACUACAAGAUCCUCCACAGCUCGAUGAACAAGCUCUUCCUCCUGCCCAAGUCCGACGAGAUCCACGUCAUGCUCGUCAUCGGCCUCGACCCGCCCAUCCGCCAGGGCCAGACCCGCUACCCCUACCUCGUUCUCCAGUUCCCGCGCGAGGAGGAGAUGGACGCCGAGCUCAACAUCGACGACGAGACGCUCCAGACAAAGUACGACGGCAAGCUCAAGAAGCGGUACGAGGAGCCCACGUUCCGCAUCGUCACCAACAUGUUCAAGGUGCUCUCGGGCCAGAAGGUGUCGACGCCCGGCGAGUUUGAGUCGAGCAGCGGCCAGAGCAGCAUCAAGUGCAACGUCAAGGCCACCGACGGCAACCUGUACCCGCUGGAAAAGUCGCUCAUCUGGGUUUCCAAGCAGCCCGUCUACGUGCCCUACUCGGACAUCCACCAGGCCGUGCUGAGCCGCGUCGGCGGGGCGGUGGCGUCGUCCAAGACGUUUGACCUGCGCGUCAUCAACAAGAGCGGGUCGGAGCACACGUUCCAGAGCAUCUCGCGCGAGGAGCUCGACCGGCUCAAGGCGCACCUGGGCGAGCGCAAGGUCAAGAUCAAGAACGAGAUGGCCGAGGAGACGGGCGGCAUUGCCGCCGCCGCCGCCGCCGGCCUGCUGAGCGACGACGACGAGGACAUGGAGGACGUCGGCGGGCGGGGCGGCGGCGACGACGACGACGAGGACAGCGAGGAGGACGAGGACUUCCGCGACGAGGACAGCGAUGACGGCGGAUCGCCCUCGGAGGCGUCGAGCGACGAAGACGAUGGCGGCGGCGCGGGUGGUGCGAGCGAUGCCGAGCGGCCACGCAAGAAGCGAAAGGAUUGA